GUUCACGGAAUGACCAUCGGCACAAAUGAAAUGGGGGAAGUGAAGUGAAACAGGGAUAAGGAAUGACAUUGCUAAAAAUGCAUUUCGGCAAGCUCUUUCAAUUUUAUAUUUUCGCUCUUACCUUGCUAACACUUACAAGGGUAUGCAUAUGUUCAUUAUCGGUCAGUAAAAAUUUCAAAAACAACUGGAGCGAUGGAAAUAGAGAAAAGUUUACCAUUGAGUUAAACAGGGAUGAUGAUUUUAAGAACUCUGGAAAAAACGCUAUUGCACAAAGUUUUCGUCGCUUUAUAAGAAGUGCAAGUUAUGGAAAUUAUCCUCAUAGAACAGCUUAUUCUUUCAAUGAUUCCCAUUAUGUUGCUGAGGUACACUGGUCUGGUAAAAAUAGCUCAUCCAUCAUGGUUCUUAUGAAAGACCCAUCAUCCAUGUUGUCACCCCUGAAACCAAGUUAUUUCUAUGUUUCGAGAGAUUAUGGUGUCACUUACACAAACUACACAAGUAAUUUUACUAUGUACAAUGGAAGCAUAGCGGUCAUUACUGAUUUUUUCUCAAGCAAAGCUAAUAACAAGAAGUAUGUAUUUGUUGCAAAGUUUCAUAAAUACAUUUUCUAUUCAACUGAUGAAUGCAAGACAAUCAGAAGAGUACGGACUUAUUUCCAUCCAACUGAAAUCAAGUAUCAUCCAGCUUACUCGUAUUAUAUGCUGGCUUAUGAAAAAGACAUAGGAUACAAUCGGCUCUAUGCAUCUACAAAUAAUGGUCGAUACUGGAGAUCAAAAUCACAGAAUGUUAAAAGUUAUUACUGGUCUUACAACCCACCACAUGAUUAUGGUUCAUAUUUUUAUUUUCUCAGAGAGCGGUGGUAUUACUAUGGUAACAUUGUUCAAAAAGCAUCACCUUGGCGCUACUAUUCAUAUUCCUCUACAGUGGCCUACCAUGUUGUUGAUUUUGAAUUGGUUAACCAGUACAUGUUUAUAACUAAAAACAGUUCCAUUGAUGGCAUAAAGAACUUGUAUGUAUCUGUUAAUCGAGGGAGUUUUAAAAACACAACGUUUCCGCAUCAGACCAAUACUACGAGCUUCAUAAUUGCAGAUGCUACCGAGAAUGAAACAAUGGUAGCGGUAAAUCAUAAUGGUAGAGCCAAUCUGUACAUUUCAGAUCGAGCAGGCCUGGUAUACACCUUGUCAUUGCCUGGAAUUUUAUAUUUCAAGAAAUCGGAUAACAAUCCAUCAAGAUAUCGUUAUUUUACACAUGAUUUUGUUGAUCUUCAUCGAGUUGAAGGUAUUUCUGGGGUAUACAUUGCCACUAACCUAACAAAGGGUCCACCAGGGCAAAGACAUCUUCGCAGUAUGAUUACAUUUGAUAAAGGUGGAGAAUGGUCAUUGAUACCGGCACCGGAGUCCAACUGCAGCAUAAAGGCUGGUUGCUCUCUUCAUUUAUCGCAAGAAUAUGGGUUACAUACUUACACUCGUUUUACACCUAUCUACUCAAAAGCAUCUGCUCCUGGUUUUAUUUUUGCAACAGGUAAUGCAGGUCAAAAUUUGAACAACAAACCUAGUCUGUAUUUCUCCCGUGAUGCUGGCUUAACAUGGAAAAAGGCUUUUUCUGGCAACUAUUAUUAUGGAUUUGUUGAUCACGGUGGUGUAAUUGUAGCUGUGGAGAAGUAUGGUUUUGCUCGAUAUUUGAGAUAUAGUUGGAAUGAAGGAAACAGUUGGUCAUACUACCAAUUCAGCAGUUCUCCGAUGAGAAUUUAUGGAUUAUUGACUGAACCUGGCGAGAAAACAACAGUAUUUACAUUGUUUGGUUCAUACUCUGGCGCACAUUCUUGGGUGCUUAUUCAAGUUAACAUGUCUGCUGUACUUGGCCCGUCGUGUAAUAAAAAUACGGAUUAUAAACAGUGGGAAGUAACUGACCAAAGAAAUGAUUCUGAACAUUGUCUGCUGGGCAAAAAACAAGUUUUUGAGCGUCGAGACCCUACAAAACGUUGUUAUAAUGGCUAUAAUUAUGACCGUGCAAUAUCAUCUGCUCCAUGCUUAUGCACAAGAGAGGAUUUCAUGUGUGAUUAUGGUUAUGAGGAGCAAUGGAUUGAUUGGUUCCGAACAAAAUGUGUCAAAUCUGGUAGCUCUGGCUCUUCUACUGUUCCACCAUGGUGUACACCAGGAAAGACUUACAAUACCUCAUCUGGCUAUCGAAAAAUACCUGGUGAUUCUUGUUUUGGUAGUUUUGGUUUGGACUACUCUCCACAAAUACAUAUCUGUCCUAUUAAAAAAGCUGAUGAUGUUCUGUUUUAUUCAAGACGAAGAAGUAUAGUUCGUUAUGACCUCAAAACAGCAGAGUCCAUAACAUUUGAGCUCAAUGGUCUACGAAAUGUAAUUGCGAUGGACAUGGACUAUUUAAAUAAUAUACUGUUUUAUGCUGAUAUAAAUGUAGAUACCAUUACUAAAAUGGAUUUAACAAACGGAAACGUCACCACGCUGCUUGGGUUUAAUGAAAGUAGAAUUCAUAUCGAAUCCCUGGCUUACGAUUGGAUGGGGCACAACUUAUAUUUCUGUGACUCUGGCUCAGCAGAAAUCGGGAUAAUCAAUACUACAGGAAAGCACCGAAAGAUUUUAAUUGGUAGUAGCGUACUUGGAAAGCCAAGAGCUAUGGCUGUUCAUCCUGCAAAAGGAUUAAUGUUUUGGACAGACUGGGGCAUUAAUCCAAAAAUUGCUAAGGCUAACAUGGAUGGUUCUGCCAUAACCAAUCUUGUUACCAGCACUAUAAAAUGGCCUAACGGAAUAACAGUGGAUUAUGAAGAGAAUUAUGUUUAUUGGGUUGAUGCUGGGGUGGAUCGUAUUGAAAGAAUCACCAUCACUGGGAACAAUAGAAAGGUUUUGCGUUCAUAUGGAGUAAGUCGUCCGUAUGCUAUCACAGUAUAUGGGAAUUAUAUUUAUUGGAUUGACUGGAGUACAAGAGCCAUAACGAGAAUGUUAAAAAGCUCAGGCAAUGGAUAUUCACGUGUUAUCCCAUAUGUUUACAAUGUGAUGGAUGUAAAGGCUUUUAAUCCAAAACGUCAAGCGGCACGUGGAAGCAAUUACAAAUGUCCAAAUCCUGCCUGUCAGUUCUUCUGCUUACCAAAAGAAACUGCUCCAUAUUACACUUGUGAAUGCCCUGAUAACUUGGUAAAGGCGAACAAUACUUGUAAGUGUAAAAGUGCAAACGAAGUAUUAGGUGAUGAUGGAGAAUGCAAGCCUAAAACUGGUCAAAGCUGCAAUGCUUACCAAUUUCAGUGUGGCAGUGGAGAGUGUGUUCCAAGACACUGGAAGUGUGACAAAGAUAAAGAUUGCUCAGAUGGGUCUGACGAAAACGAUUGUGCCGUAACAACUUGUCGUGUUGAUCAGUUUACUUGUGCCAACAAACGUUGUAUACUAAAGUCAUGGAAGUGUGAUGGUGAUAAUGAUUGUGGAGAUCACAGUGAUGAAUCGCAGUGCAGCCAAGUUACGUGCGGAUCACGACAAUUUAAAUGUCGAAAUGGUCGUUGCAUAUCAAAGUCGUGGAAAUGUGACGGUGAUAACGACUGCUCUGAUUGGUCUGAUGAGCAAGAUUGUGGACAUACAACUCUACCAACAACAUCACGUUCGUCACACCGACCGUAUUCAACUGCAAAACCUUGCAGCAGUAAGGAAUUCAAAUGUCAUUUUGAUGGACACUGCAUCCCUUUAAAGAACAAGUGCGAUAGUAUUAAUGACUGUGGUGAUUAUUCUGAUGAAAAAAAUUGUAGUUCUGUAACUUGUGCUAAGGGAGAAUUCAAGUGUUUAUUAGAUCAAAAAUGUAUUUUCGGCCAGUACAGAUGUAAUGGAUACAAAGACUGCGAUGAUUGGUCAGAUGAGAAGGGUUGUCCUGUUACUACUCGGAGGACGUUUUCAACCAAAUUUUAUUGUCCCCCUCCCUUCAUGGCGUGUAAAGAUCGUAGUGGUUGUUACAACAAUGAAUCUCGAUGUGAUGGCAGUCGAUAUUGCAAAGAUGGAUCAGACGAGAAAGGUUGUCCAAAGACUAGUCCGAAGACUAAGCCGACUCAGAAGCCAGGUUGCAAAAAGGACGAGUUCUGGUGUAGAUCAGGGGAAUGCAUACCAUUAGGUAAAAAAUGCGACGGUAACGUGGACUGCUAUUCUAAAGAAGACGAGAAAGGUUGUGGAAAUGAAAAUGAGUGUCUUCCAGCACCAUUUGGUUUUAAUUGCACAAAACUGGGUCAAUGCUACCUGCACAAAGUGUUGUGUGAUGGCAAAACUGAUUGUUUGGAUUAUUCAGACGAAACUAAACAGUGCAAGGCAACAGCGCGGGUCAAUUCGUUACGAUCCAAGGUCAUAAAUGGUUCUGCAGUUUGGUUGACGUGGCAACAUGCUGAUGUCAGCUUAUCGAAAGCUGCAGGCUACAUCAUAGCUUAUAUGAGAGAGAGCACACGACAAGUAAAAUACAUCCGCGUAGGUUUAUCCACUUUAUCUUACGUGAUUGGAAAGCUGCCAUCAUGUUCCGAGUAUAUGUUCGCAGUAGCGCUUAUGCAUAAUAACGUCAUGCCGGCUAAUUGGUUAUACGUGUCUACCGACAGAGUGACUUUAAGAGGUGGCAUUCCUGAUGAGCCAACCGGUGUUGUAGUCAGCAGACACGCAAUCAUAUGGGAGGAAGAUGAAGCUUCCUGUCUUAGACAGGGCUACGUGUUGCAGGGUCGACGGUUAUUUUGCAAUGAAGGUGUAAUCAACGUGGGAAUUAAUACGAACGGUGUAAUGCAUUACGCGAACCAACAACUGGCAGACAAGAACAUAAAAGCUGGCACAUAUAAAUGCACAAUUGUUUUGACGUACGGGGGAGAAGCUAUAUUGGUUAGACAGUCGGAAACAUUUCUGAUUCGAUACGAUGGCAAAAAUCUCUUUUCCGUCCAACAAGGCAAAAGUCAAGCUGAAAAGAAAAAGUCUAACACCCUCGUUUGGGCUAUCCCUGUCGCGUUUGUUUUGUUAGCGUUAUUCCUUGGCUUACUCCUGAUGGGUUACAAGUACCGUCGCUUGCAGCAUAGCUUUCUGGCAUUCGCUGCUCGCGGAAAUUACUCCCGCCACGAGGAUGAUUUUGAUGAUGACGAUGAUAAUAUGGUCGUUGGAUUUCGUCAAGGAGAAGAUGCACCGAUGAUCAAUCGAUUUUCAGAUGACGAACCGUUGGUGGUGUCUUAAAAAAGAUGCGGCUUCACUUCGUCAUCGGAAUCGGAAGUGAAAAAUGGCUUUAAAAAGAAUAACGCGUACAUGUAUAUAUAUUUUCUUCAAUUCCCUUUAUUUAAUUAUUUUCUUUUUUAUAGUAAACGUGUCUUCGUAAGAAGUAACAUAGCAGUGCUUGUAUCCUCUUUACCUUGAUUAUAUAAUCCGGUUGAUGCACAAAAAGGCGCAAACGAUAACGUGGUGUCUGGUCAUAAAAAAAUCAGGCACGUUUUCUGAAAGUUCUGAAAAAAUAUGAGUGAAGGCUUCUGCAUGACUAAUACGACCAGUAUUGCUGCACAUGAUCAAAUAGUUAAAUUUCUGACUCCAAGCUUGCUCAGAAAAAGUAAAAGAGCGUCAGGAAAGAAGGAUAAAAUUUUUUUUGGGAAAUUAGGAUAAUCUACCUAAAAACGCUGCAGACAGUCUGCGUUACUAACUUAGCUUUGAUUUUUGUGACAGCCAGUCUACCAUGUUACCGUGCCAUAUCGAACGUCGCACACGUGUUUCAUAAGCACAUCAGUGUAUAUUGGCUGAAAAUAAUUAGCAUGCCCUCGACAUACAAACAUUUUGGACAUAUUUGGGCCUUUAAUCGGGUACUAAUGUUAAACUAAAAAAAAAUGGUUAAAAAUACAUGUAGUCCGCUGUAAAAAGGCUUAAUUGAAUGCAAAAUAUAACACCAUCUGAUUAAUUAAGCAAAAUAUAACACCAUCUGGUUAAUUAAGCAAAAUAUAUCAUCUGGUUAAUCAAGCAAAAUAUAUUACCAUCUGGUUAAUCAAGCAAAAGCAAGGUACAAGAAUUGCUACACAUUUUUUAUUGUAAAAGAAUAUUUGAGUUUUUUUUUACGUGUUUUUUUUUUGUAUGUUUUAAAAUUUUCGAUGUGUUUUGCAGUUUACUUUGGUGUAAAUUUUGAUUUAUACUUUCCGCAGAAAAUGUACUGAUGUAAGCAGCGCUAUAAAUCUUCAUUAAGGCCGCUUUCCAUGGUUUAUCCGUAUAUCCUAGCAUUUAGUAUUUGGACGUUGUCGAAUUUUUGUCGCAACGACCUUAUAUCCAAGUGUUUCAGAUGGACUUUUUGCAAUUUUCUGCAAUUGAAAUUUUUGCAAUAUUUUCUGCGAAUGAGCUUCUUUAACAACCAAUUAAAAUGGAAAGCGGCUUCAGGCAUAUAGAUUAUUUUUAAAAAAAGGAUCAGGUUUUUAGUACAAAAUAAUUGCUACCGUGUCUGCAGUUUUAAUAAUUUUUCCUGGGAACGAGGUUGGUAGUAAAUAUUUCUCAUUGAUUUAUUGCGUAACAUUUUUAUACUAAAAGUUGUUUUGUUUUUUGGGUAUUUAUUCCAUGUUUACACGGCGCUUUUUGCUUUGGAAGAGCUUUCUGUUUAUUUACAUGAGAAAACAUCUGAAUAAGCGAGCUUUUUUCUUUUUUUAAAUCGGAAAAUACUUUUCCCCGCAACUGUUAGUAAUUCCACUGUGAACUGUGUUGCCUAAUUUGUAUUUGAGUCUUCAACUACCGGUAUCACGGACUGUUUUACGGUAGGGGUACUGGAUACCGUAUAUACUCUAUAAUCUUUGCCUCUCUAAUAAACCAGACUUUUUGUUAUGACUUGAAAUAAGGCUGAUUAUUGCGCGAAACAGUUGUGCUUGAGAUCUUUUACGCAUCUUGAUUUUGUGACCUUUCAAAAGCUUACCGAAUUUUAUUGGUUUAAAAUAUUAGUAAUCUGAUUGUCAUUCGUUGAAAAUUAAUUCUGCUGUUUUAGUCAACUCGCCUAAUUCCUAAGGUUUAAUGGCUAAUCCUGUGGCGAAAAUGACGAAUAGAGUAAAUAUGGUGGAAAGACUUUGAGUUGGUGUAAACGGAUGUUGUUAAAAUUGUAAACUUGUGUCAAACACGUGAUUUUUACAAUAAAUUGUAAAACAAGCUCUUUGUUUUUUUAACUAUACGCUCCAUUCGCUAAUUCAGAUUACCAGAAAGUUUAAAAAUGUUUGAAUCGAGCAGAAACCAAAAGCUAAAAAGAAUCGGUCCAGGAAUCGAAUGUUUUGAUGAUAACAUUCGAAUUCGCGGACCGGUGUUGUUUUUCUUGUUAUUUUUAUUCUGUAUUAUUAGUUGUAUAUUAUUAAAUACGCACGAUUAAAAA